UGACAAGACAAUCUAGGCCUGAAGCCGUCCACUUCAGCCGCAUGCUAAACCCUGCUAAUGAAGGUCUCCAGGAGCUGGACCUCAGCUGGAAUCACAUCCGCAUGAAGGGGGCGAUAGCUCUGAGUGCCGGCCUCAGGGUGAAUGGGAUGCUGAAAGUCUUAGAUCUGUCCUAUAAUGGAUUUGGCAAUGAGGGGGCUCUGGCGCUGGGAGAAGCCCUGAGGGUGAAUAGUUCUCUGCUUCACCUCGAUGUCACCUGCAACCGGAUCGGUAAUGAAGGUGUCCGACUAAUCUGUAAAGGCCUGGAGAGCAACGAGACCAUACGUGUGCUGAAGCUCUCUAGGAAUCCCAUCACAGUGGAGGGCGCCAUCAUUCUGCUGAGCUCCAUCACCAAGAGGCCAGAGAACAGGAUUGAGGAUUUGGACAUUUCUAAUGUUCUGGUGAAUGAGAGGUUCCUGACCCUCCUCAGCUCGGCCUGCACCUCCCGCCCGGCUCUACGUGUCUUCUUUGCUGGAGGAAAAGGCUUCACAGCCAAAAAGCGCCCCCCUCGCCCAGACCCCAUGAGGGUCAUUCAGGAUUUUCUAGAUGAACGUAAACUUCGAUUGUUGGAUUUUUUCAAGAACAUGGACAAAGAUGGCAGCAUGAGCAUUCCUGUCAGUGACUUCUGCAGAUACAUGGCCGCUGAAGGUCUGCCCUUGGACGCGGCCCAGAUGGAGUCAUUGGUGCAAAGACUGGAUAAAGAUGAGACCGGCACCAUAGACUACAGGGACCUUGUUGGCUCUCGCAAAAAAAUGUUGAGGGAACAACGCAAACAGCAGCGACGCAGAGAAAGAAGAGAACGUCAGGAAAAGCAGCGCAGUGAGAGAGCCCUGAGGUCCUUCCACAAUGCAGUGCAGGCCCUGACUCCACCCCCUGCGCCCAGAGAGGCCCCCAGCAGUGGUGGAAGCGCAGAUCAUUUUUCUGCCACUGCGUGUAGCUCUUGGUAUCAGGACGGAGAACCUGCAGAUAAAGUCACCUGUCCACACAUACACAAUGCAGGCGGCUCCGAUGGCGAGUGUAUCUACCAAUCAUACUGCAGCUCAGCUUCAGAACCUCUGACCCCAAACCAAGGCACCCCAUCACCCCCCAUGUGAGGCAACAGGACAGGCCACAAAAGUCCAUUAGUCCUGUCUACAGUUAAAGGGGUACUCCGCCACGCUCGUGAUGUCACAGCCACGCCCCCUCAAUGCAAGUCUAUGGGAGGGGUCUCAUUCCUGGGCUUUGUGUAAGUGAAAAAAUGUAUGUGGGGACUCAGGUCAGGACCACUAAGUGACACCCACAAUAGGGACUACUACCCCAGCGAGGCCCUCUCCAUAAAUUGCCCCCGGUCACCACAUUCUGCUCCGUGAUCUAUAUAGAGAUCUGCACUUAUAAACAUUUCCAGAAUCUGCCCUUUUCUUACUGUUGGUAAAGCCAGAGGCGUAGCUUGUAGCUUCUGGGCCCCAAUGCAAAAUCUGCAACAGGUCCCCAUAUGCCAAUUAUAAUACUGGUCUUUUAUGGGGCAUAUGUGCUUAGGCGCCAGGGCACUGGUGCGACUGCAACCUCUAUAGCUACGCCCCUGGGUAAAGCGAUAACUCUCAAGGUCACUCCCAGGUUCUUUCAUUCAUUUGUGAUGCUGAACAUGUCCUUAAAGUGCAAGUGUCGUCAAUAUUUACCUCCUAAACUUAUACGCAGCAUGUAAAAGCUGUGUAGCACAGUAAUGCAGGGACACCUCAUGUCAUGGCCAGCAGUGGUGCAUGCGCUGCAGACUGCUGUGUCUUACUACACAGCAGUCCCAACGCUGACAGAGAGGAUAUGCAUGGCAGCGGCCAGGCUUUGCGAACCCCAAGCCAUACCUAUCCGACUGUGCAUGACUUCGGAUAAAAGCAGUUUUUACAGAUCUAUAUAAGAAGAGAUUACACAAUAAAAGGUGUCCCUGCAUUACUGUGCUGCACAGCUUUUACAUGCUGCAUAUAACUUUGGGGAGCAAAUAUUGAUGACUUUUGCUCUUUAACCAUGAUGAAGGGCCUGUUCCACACCAGAAACCCGCUGGGUUUGCACAGCAUGUGAAUGUAUGUGUGAUACCUCAAUCUAAAUACAGGACCACGUUUGUUCUCCUGAGAA